CAGCGUAAAAUGUCGCGGUUCGGGCUGCCCUGUGGCGGAUGCUGGGAGGGGGCCGGUCCGUUGCGAGUCGGAUCCUCGGACCGCUGAGCGCCGGCGGCUAUGGCGGAGGAGCAGCCCGACAGCCUGGAGGGCUGGGUGCCGCUCCGCGAGGACCUCUUCGCCGAGCCCGAGCGGCACCAGCUGCGCUUUCUCGUGGCCUGGAAUGACGCGGAGGGCAAGUUCGCUGUGACUUGUCACGACCGAACGGCGCAGCGGCGGCGACGGCGCGAGGGAAACCGGCCGGGGUCCAAGCCGGGGCCCGAGCACGCCGCGCCCCCGCCCAGCUGGGCCGGCCUUCUCUCGGCAGCCGGGCUCCGCGGCGCGCACCGGCAGCUGGCGGCGCUGUGGCCGCCGCUGGAGCGCUGCUUCCCGCGGCUGCCGCCGGAGCUGGACACGGGCGGCGGCUGGGCCUGGGGCCUGGGGCUUGGGUUGUGGGCGCUGGUGUGGCCGGCGCGCGCGGGCCCCGGCGAGGCGGCGCUGCAGGAGCUGUGCCGGCAGCUGGAGCGCUACUUGGGCGAGGCGGCCGACGGCUGCGGCAGCGCCACCGUGCGCGACGCGCUCUUCCCGGCCGAGAGCGGCGCGGCAGACUGCGAGAGCCUGCGCGAGUUCCGGGAGAGGGCCCUGCGCGCGCGGUGGGCAGAGGCGCGCGCACGGCUGUUCCAGGUUCUUGAAGGGCAUGAAAAAGCCAACACCAUGGUGGAGUUAAUGAAAGUUUAUCAAGAGGAGGAUGAAGCAUACCAGGAUUUAGUUACCAUGGCAACCAUGUUCUACCAGUAUUUACUGCAGCCAUUUAGGGAUAUGCGAGAAGUUGCAACUUCAUGUAAGCUUGACAUUUUGAAGUCUUUAAAUGAGGAUGAUCUGGGUCCUAAAAGGAUAGUUUCUCUGCAGAAGGAAGCCGAAGAAUGGACCAGACGGGCUGAAGACAGUGUAGUUUCCAUCCAAGAUAUCACAGUGAAUUAUUUUAAGGAAACAGUAAAAGCAUUAGCAGGAAUGCAGAAACAAAUGGAACAGGAUAGAAAGAGAUUUGGCCAGGUUGCCUGGGCCUCAGCAACUCCCAGAUUAGAAAAGCUCAAGCUACUAUUAGCUCAAGAGACUCUGCAACUCAUGAGAGCCAAAGAGUUGUGUUUAAAUCACAAAACAGCUGAAAUUCGGGGAAAGAUGGAAGAUCUUCCAGAACAAGAAAAAAAUAUAGAUGUUGUAGAUGAAUUAGAAAUACAGUAUUACGAAGUUCAAUUAGAACUAUAUGAUGUUAAAUUCAAUAUAUUAAAAUAUGAAGAAAUACUGCUUAUUACACAGUUGGACUCUAUUAAAAGACUUAUAAAAGAGAAAGAGGAUGAAGUUGUCUAUUACGAUGCAUGUGAAAGUCCCGAGGAACUUAAAGCCAUUGAUGGGGUAGCGGGGCUGCAGAAGGUUAAGAACUUGGAGGUGAAACAGCUCAGCCGGCAGGCCCAGUGGCUGGAGUCCAGGAGAGGCAGGAUCUGCGCAAGAAGGGCCUAUCUCAGGAACAAAAAGGAUCAAUGCACAGAAAAUCAUCGGCUAAGACUGCAACAGGUUGAAGAAAGUAUAAAAUAUUUUCAUCAACAUCAUAACAUUCAGAUGAAACGAGACAAGAUAAAAGAAGAGGAGCAAAGUAAAAAAGAAUGGAUAAACCAGGAACAUCAAAAAACACUCCAACGAUUGAGAGCAUUUAAAGAGAAAUGUCCAGGUCAGUCUGUACUGAAGACAUCUUGCUCAGAACCUGUGACUCCAAACCUGUCACCUGGACUUUCCCAGCAGGCAUCCUCGCCAGCUUCUCAGACGAUGUCGGUAAUUCGUCCAUCAUCUAGGAAAACCAGAAGUACUCCCUUACCUAAAGUUAGGGUUGUGAAAACCCCUGAGUGUCAAGACUGUCCUGGAAGUGUCCAGAUUUGUGUUCCAGUUGGUGACCAAACACAUUCCAAAUCCAGUGAGGAACUGUCACCACCACAACCUCCUCCUCCACCCCCACCCCCACCACCGCCCCCUCUCCCUGCUCUGUCCUUUCCUUCUCAAUCUGCCACUCAUCGAAACUUACACUUCAGGACUUCAGUAAAAGAUGAUCAGCCACUUCCUCUGCUCUGUGAGUCACCUGCUGAAAGACCAGUGGAUUACUCUGAAAGUUUUAAAUGCCCAGGAUCAAUGGACGAAGUGUUGGCCUCACUGAGGCGUGGCAAGACCCAUCUCCACAAAGCAGACGUGCCCACGUGGCCCCCUCCCCGCGCCGCCAUCGGUGAGCACAUCCUGGCCGCCAUCAGGCAGGGGGUCAAACUGAAGAAAGUUCACCCCGACCCUGGCCUCAGCCCCACCAGUAAGCCCUCGAGUGACCUUGAGAGAAGCAUCAAGGCCGCCCUCCAGAGAAUCAAGCGAGUGUCCACUGACUCCGAGGAGGAGGGUGGCGAAGAGCAGAACCCCGGCGAGUGGGACCGCUGACUCGCCCUGGGCAGAGGCACCUGCCUCGUGUGCUGGAAGGACGUGGACAUGCCCCAGCCUGAGUAAUGGGUGCUGGCACACAGGCCACAGGACACCCUGCAAGAUCAUUCAGGCUUGGAGUGUGACGUUGCAGCCUGCGUUCAAUGUUGUGGCUCUUAAAAUCAGGCAGGAAGUAGAUGAUGUGGUGACUUUCACAUCCCAAACCAGAGACAGGGCAUAAGAGCCUACAAUGAGUAUUGCUGGCACCGGAGACUAGCACUUAAUUUUCACCGUGGAUAAUCUAGUCAUUCCCUGACUGUGAAAAACGUUUAUAUUACUAUGGUAAACAACCCUAAUAGACUACUGACACUACCCUUCCGUGUGCGGGGAAUGGUGGUUUCUUCAGAUGUAAAGGCUUGAAUGUGAACAUUAUUUUAGCAGUAAUCAGAAGAAAUGGCUUAAAUCAGGAACUAUUUUAAAUAUUUUAAAUAAAAUUUAUUUUAUGUAUCAAACCCUAUAAACUUAUAAUAAAGAAAAUUUAUAAUG